AAGUAUUUCGAAACUAAGUUAUUCAGCUGGCGAACUCACAGGCAUAGUGUCAGUGACUGAUGUAAAUGCUUAAAGGAAGAGUGAGGUAGCUAACAUUAGCUAAAUUAAUCAUAUCUUGCGUGUAACAAGUUAGCUAGCAGCUAAUUAGUUACCCCCCUGCAAGCCGUUAAGGUCCACGCAUCGAUGAGCAAGAAUCUGGAAAUGGAGAAUCAAGGAAGAAGUCAGCCGUGGGGGAAGCUUGUGAAUGUUGACACGAGUUCUGAAUCAGAAAUUUUGCUUGUCAACAGAGAAUGCACAGUUGGAAGGAGGAAAGGGUGUGAUCUCUCCUUUCCUGCUAACAAGCUGGUCUCAGGCGAUCACUGUAAGAUAGUGCAAGAUGAGACUUCUGGGCAGGUUUGGCUGGAGGAUAUGAGCACCAAUGGGACUGUGAUCAACAUGUCCAAACUCGUCAAGAGGCAGAUGCACCAACUGCAGAGCGGUGACGUCAUCUACUUUGUUUACAGGAAGAAUGAGCCAGAGCAAAACAUCGCGUAUGUUUAUCAGUCCAUUCCACCAGAGCUGACGAGUUUACAAAGCAUGACUGAGAUGACGAGUGGAGAAACCCCAGGCAGCACUGACGUGGAGGGCAGCAUAGACAGCGCACUUGGCUCACCCAACUCGCCUGCCGCAUCGCUUCCAGACCCCGCGCUGGCCCGCCCCCAGGAGGAGCCUGCGCGGGACGAGCCCCAGCCCUCUACCUCCACAUCCCACCUCUACAGCAUCUCAGCAGGCCCAGCCUGUCCCACUGGACCCUCUGCUUCAGGGUGUGGGAAUGCCACCCACGGUGAGUCAUCCCUCUAUUCCCACAAUGCACCCGAAGGGGAGCCUACUGACCCCGGCGUGAGGCCUGCCUGUUCAAGGGAAGCACAGGAGGAGGAGGGAAAAGCCCCUGCGCCGCUGAAGGAGGACGACGACCUGGAACCAGAGAGAAAACGAAGGAAAACCGGCACCGAUAAGGAUUAUGACUUCGGGCUGCCGGACACAGCGUUCACUGAGGCUGAAAGCCCCCCUAAGGCAACCUUGGGUGCCCUCAUUGGGAAAGGAUCGGCGGAGGGAGCCAAAACUGACAAAAUGGAGGAGUCCCUUACUUGCAUCAUCUGUCAGGAUCUGCUGCAUGACUGUGUGAGUCUGCAGCCCUGCAUGCACACGUUCUGUGCCGCAUGCUACUCGGGCUGGAUGGAGCGCUCCUCACUCUGCCCCACCUGCCGCUGCCCAGUCGAGAGGAUCCGCAAAAACCACAUCCUCAACAACCUGGUGGAGGCCUACCUGCUGCAGCACCCAGAGAAGUGCCGCAGUGAAGAGGACCUGAAGAGCAUGGACAAGCGCAACAAGAUCACUCAGGACAUGCUGCAGCCAAAGAUCGAGCGCUCCUUCUCUGACGAGGAGGGCAGCUCCGACUAUCUCUUCGAGCUGUCCGACAAUGACAGUGACACCUCUGACAUCAGCCAGCCCUUUGUGAUGUGCCGGCAGUGUCCGGGCUACAGGAAGGACCCCAGCCAGAUGCCUUGCAUGUCUGGGCCACCCCAGGAGGAAGGGGCCAUCAAGCCAUCCGGGGAGGUGCCCUCCACAUCCUCUAACGUUCCUGCAGCUCUGCAGGAGUACACCUGCACCCCGCAGGGCAGCCACGUCAUCUGCACCUGCUGCCUGCAGCCCAUGCCGGACCGACGGGGCGAGCUCAUUGGCCAGCAGUUCACCGCGCAGCAGUGCACGGUGUGUCAUCGCCCAUUCUGCCACAUGUACUGGGGAUGCCAGCGGGUCGGUUGUCAGGGAUGUCUGGCCCGCUUCAGCGAGCUCAACCUCACAGAGAAAUGCCUCGAUGGUGUUCUCAACAGCAAUAACUAUGAAUCUGACAUCCUCCAGAAUUACUUAGCUUCCAGAGGAAUGACAUGGAGGGAGAUGCUUCAGGAAAGCCUGCUGGCAUUACAGCAGGGAACAUUCUACCUGUCGGAUUAUCACAUCAAUGGCAACGCUGUUCUGUGUUACUGCUGUGGCCUGCGAGCCUUCAAGGAGCUGGCGUAUAAAUACAGGCAAAACAUCCCUGCCUCCGAGCUUCCAGCUGCCGUGACAUCUCGUCCUGACUGCUACUGGGGACGCAACUGCCGCACACAAGUGAAGGCGCACCAUGCCAUGAAAUUCAACCACAUCUGUGAGCAGACGCGGUUUAAGAACUGAAGAACCUCUGGGAUCCACUGAGCUUUGAGUGGACUCAUUCAUUCCUUUGGAGAGGGGAGGAAAGGCCAAGUGUCUUUCUCCAGGUUGACUUAUCUUUUCACAUAAUUGCGAUUUUUAUUUUACUUUGCUCUUCAGCAAAAGCUUGUCUGAGGGCAAGCAGAAAGUAACUUUAAAAAGGCCUAUAGUAAGUGCUUAGUCUUCCCACAGGCUAAACCAUAAUAGUAAUUUUCUUUGAAAUUAAGCACAUUGUGAAGUUUUCCAACGUCACACAUGUGAUUGUGAGCAAAAAAAAAGCUCUGUUGGGGCAAGAAUAGUCAGAUUUUUCUGAGUGUAAUUGUAGUAAGGAAUGUGAGACGUUCCCUCAAAGGCGCCGGAGUUACAGCAGAAACUGCACCGUAUCGAGUGUAUUUAUGAAGACCCCUGUUAUUUUGCAACAUUGUGCUAAGUCCAGUCAGUCUAAUUACUCUGCGUUCGGUCGCCAAGGGGGCUUGUCAGUAUUUGUUCAACCAAGGGAUUCGCAAUCAAGAAAAAAAAACCCUCCUCAAAGCGGAAUUGUUUCUUGUGGUGUUAUCUGUUCAGUCUCAUCUCCCUCUGGCUUCAUAUAGAGGCCAUCAAAGUCUCACUGUCAGUCAUGUGAAGAUGGAAUCUGUGUAGUUUGUGUAUCAGUAGAUGUGG